AGGCGUAAGUAAGUAAGUCAUAGGAAAACAAAGCUCUUAAAGUAUAAAAACGAAAAUUUAUUAACCUUCAGAAUUACCUCUUUUCUGUGCAUCAUGAUAUUUAUCUUUGCAAGUAAACAGUCAUUUUUAAAACCAAGUACAUCAGGACAUCGAUUCAAAAAAGUACGUGUAAACAUACGUGAAUCGAUAAAUUUUCAGGUGAAAGCUGCGAUUAGAUUGGAGAAAUUGAAAUCAAAUAAACGAAAGCUUCCCGAGAUGCGACUGUGCACAGUUUAUCCUUUUUCUAUUUUCCUUGCAGAAUAUUACAUGUCUAAUCCAGAAUUGUUUCCGGAUCUACUAUCUGACUCAGUUCCAAAUACCUUGUCACUUGAGACUUUAAUCAGUCAAGGAGCAGAAGCACGAAUCUAUCACACUAAGUUGUUCCAUUCAACAUAUACAUUUCCAUGUAUUGUAAAGGAAAGAUUUGUUAAACGGUAUCGUCAUAGUACAUUGGAUGCUACUUUGUCGAUGCAGCGAAUGCGAGCUGAAGUCAGGCAGCUGUUGCGUUGUAGAGAAGUGGGAAUAGAUGUCCCUCCAGUCCUUCUAGUUGAUGUUCGACGACGUCGGAUUUGGCUCGGUGAAGUUGGUCCAAAUGCUGUCACACUUCAAGAUUGGUUUAAAAAAUUAUCUUCUCUUGCAGUCGAGUCAGAUUUAUCUACCAUGGAUAUCCAGGAGAAAACAGCUUCACAGUUGCGAAAUGUAACAACGGCAUUAGGUCGAUUACUAGCUCAGCUACAUUCUAACCAUAUAAUACAUGGUGACUUGACUAUGUCUAAUAUUCUUGUUCAACAGUUAGAUAAUUGUAACGAAGAAUCCAGUUUUCGGAUCGUUCCUGUAGAUUUCGGACUUUCAAGCUCUUCUUCUGGAUUAACCUCACAGCGUUUAGCAGAAGACAAAGCUGUGGAUUUGUAUGUAUUCGAACGGGCCUUAACAUGUGGUCUUGAUCACAAAGCCCUGUCAAAAAUUACCGCUGCCCACUCCGAUUUAAAUACUCCAGAAUCUCUUCUUAAUUUAAUUAUAAAGUCCUAUUGUGAUAAUUAUGUAUCGAAAAUACUGGAUGAUCAACAGAUAAAGUCUAAACAUGAUAAUACAAAAUCAGGUGGUCAUUUGGAAAAACAAGAAAACGAAGUCAAAGAAAUUUUAAACAAAUUGGAGGACGUUCGACUUCGUGGUCGAAAACGUCUGAUGAUCGGUUGA